GAAUACAAAUCAGUCGUGGUGACAAAGGGAAUGAUAUCGCUGGCGUAUUUCAAAUAUCCCAUUUGUUAUUCAAUGCAAAUCUUGAAAAGUACAAAUAAUAGGACAAUCGGUAUCGUCGUGGCCUUUUCGAAUGAUAGAUUUCUCGUGAAGGCCAAAGGUUCUAGAUUUAGACGCGUGAAGCAUGAUGACAAAGGGAAAGAUACACUCUGGCGUAUUUCAAAUAUCCGAUUUGUUAUUCAAUGUAAAAACUUGAGAAGUCCUUAUGUCGUCCGUGUCAGCCAGCAAGAAAUUCGAUGGCCUUCUCGAAGGAAUAGUUAUUCCUUGUGCUAUAGAGGAUGUCGUCACCGAUAG